AUGUAUCUGAAAGAAGUUCCAAACCGAGAAAAAUCAUCGCCAUUUUCUAAGAAAUCUGAGAUUUUGUCGAACAAGAGAGGACGAUUCCGCUUCGAAUUUCAAGAAAAUUCAGAUUGUUGACGACGUAGAUUGGGCUGAUCAAACACUAAAUAAUAGCACUUUAAAUCUGCCUACAGACUGCUUCAAUGGCAUCGCUUACUCAAGACCAGGAUUUGAAUGUUCACUUCAAUGGAGCUUCAGCUGGAGGAAAGACUAAUGUCUCUAAAGCACCAAGAAAAGGAGGGCUUAGUGGAAGGAAGCCACUCGGUGAUUUGUCCAAUUCAGUAAAAGCAACUCCAUAUCAGGCAACAAGAAUACAGAAGUCUAACAUUUUCUCCUUCACUGAGAAAGAGAUUGGUGCCUCUGGCAUCUCACAAGGUGCCAGCAAGAAGAGCAUUCCAAAAGCUUCAGAGAAAGUGCAAAAAUCCACUGGUAGAAAGGCACUUUCUGACAUUUCAAACUCCAGCAAGCUCCACCUGCAUGAGGCAUCAAAGAAGAAUCAAACCACAAAGCUAAGCACUGUUUCUGAGGAACGAAGUCCACAUUGUUCCAUUGCUGAUGAAAGUUUUUUGCACGAUCAUCAAGAAUGCAUAAAGGCACAGAGCAAAGAUAUUGGUAUGGCUGAAUUUCUACACAUAGUUGGACUAGAUAAUGAUUUCUCCAAACAGACAGCAGCUGCAAGGACACUUCCUGUGUCAAAUAAAAUAAAGGUAGCUGACCUUCUGAUUGAAAGUCCAUCUCCUCUAAAGGAAGAUAAGCUUGAUUCUCCUCCUGCUAAAACUCCAAAGCCAAUGAAUCAUCACAUGGGAUGGAAUGGCGAUGACUACACUCCUAGCUUUAAGUUGUUGGAAACACCAUAGCUUGCCAAAGUAUUGAUUCCUGGGUGGAAAUAUAGUUUAGUGUCAGUAUUGACCUUGAAACAUUUGUCUAGUAGGUGAACUUUGUAGCAACAAAUGUUGCAUUCGGUUUGAGCUUUGCACUGAAAUGGAAGCUUUUUCUUUGUACUUUCCUGAUAUAAUUCAGGAUGUUGGUAUGCAUUAGUAUGCACUAUGCUUUUGUUUUGUGAUUAAAGAAAGUGCUUAUUA